AUGAAGAUGCAGGGCAGCCUUCUGGCGGCAGCAUCGGUGCUGGUGCCGCUCGCCAGCGCGGUGACCUAUGUGACGGUCGACGGCGGCGAGUUCGUCAACAACGCCACGGGCAACCGGAUGGACAUCAUCGGGGUGACGUAUCAGCCGGGCGGCUCGUCCGGGUUUGACGGCACGGCCGACCCACUCAGCGAUGCGGACGCCUGUCUGCGCGAUGCCAUUCUGAUGCAGCAACUGGGCGUGAACACGUUGCGGGUGUACAAUGUGGCGCCGGAUCUGAACCACGACGAAUGCGUGUCGAUCUUCAAUGCGGCCGGCAUCUACAUGCUGAUUGACGUGAACAGCGGCCUCUCUGGCCAGUACAUUGACCGGUCCGACCCCUCGACCACAUACACGCUCGCCUACCUCAAGCACAUCUUUGCCGUCGUCGAGGCCUUCUGGGGCUACCCCAACCUGCUCGGCUUCUUUGCCGGCAACGAGGUGCUCAACGAGGACAGCUCGGACGAUGCGGCCAUCUACAUCCGGGCGAUCGUGCGCGACCUCAAGGAGUACAUUGCCCUGCACAGUCCGCGGGCCAUCGGAGUGGGCUACUCGGCCGCCGACGUGGACACAAUGCUGAGCGACACGUGGAACUACCUCGGCUGCACGCUGGCCAACUCGACGUACUCGCGCAUCGACUUCUUCGGCCUCAACGACUACGAGUGGUGCGGCGACAGCAGCUAUACCGAGUCGGGCUACAACAAGCUCGUCGCCGAGUUUGCCGACACCGACAUUCCCGUCUUCUUCAGCGAGUACGGCUGCAACCUGGUGACGCCGCGCACCUUUACCAACGUGCCCGUGCUGUACGGCAGCGAGAUGACCGGACUCUCGGGCGGCCUCGUGUACGAGUACUCGCAGGAGACGGACAACUACGGCCUCGUGGCCAUCAACAGCUCGACCGAGGUCACGCUGCUGAGCGACUUUGUCUCUCUCAAGGCCCAGUACCUCUCGCUCGACCAGUCCCUGCUGAUGACCGCCAACAAGUCGCUCGCCUCGGCCUCCACCUCUACCUGUGGCGCCUCCCUGAUCACCGAGUCGGCCGUGCCGACGAGCUGGGACCUGCCCGACCGUCCGUCUGGCGGCAACGCUCUGGUGACGUCCGGUCUCACCAGCGCCAGCACCGGUGCCCUCACCAGCGUAACUGCCACCACUAUGCCUGCCACUGUCUACGACACUGCCGGCUCCACCGUGACUGGUUACAGCCUCGUCUCGUUCGGCUGCUCCGAUGUCAACUAUCCCGGCCUGGCCAAGACCUACAGUGCCUCCGCCCAGACUUGCGUCUAUGCCUCGUCCACCGCCAAGUCCGACGGGUCCACCGCCGGCAGCGGAUCCAGCACCAGCACCAGCACCAGCACCGGCAAGAAGAGCGGUACCAGCCGCACUGCCGUCGGUCCCUUUGCCGACAAGUUCGGCCUCGCCAUCACGGCCGGCCUUGUCAUUCUCUCUCUGGGCGGUGCCCUGGCUCUGUAG